CUAAGUGCGGUGGUCUCCACAGCUUGCCUCAGUCCGUCUGACCAGCCUCUACCUUCAGACUCUGCUCUCUCUCACCACUCGGCUAAUGACUGUUGGUCGCUGCGCAGGCGGCAUAUAAGCUUUUAGAUUAAACGGAUACUGGAGAAGCAGGUUUUGAUGAUCGCAGCUCAGGAUCCGUCACCGUGAUGUGGUGGCACUGAGGCUGAAUCUGGACACGGCAGAGAAGGGAAGGGCUCCCCUCCCUCUCUCCCUCCCUCCCUCACAGGGACACAACUCCCAAUCUGCUGAAUUUACCUUUGUCGAGCGGCCACUGACAGACAGGGGUACACUUUUUGGAGCAGCACUCCAAAAUCUUCUCCAGAUAAAGAAUCCACAUUGCUCCACUUCACUCCAGUGACAUUGAGCAUUUCUUCCGACCUCUUCUUCUUCUUCUGGAUCCUUCUCAACACUCUGCUAAACAACCCACAAUCUGCCUAUCUAACCUGACCCACAACUACAGUUACCAUGGCAGCCGCCAAGCCAAAAGGGCAGAACUCACUGGCCCUACAUAAGGUGAUCAUGGUUGGCAGUGGAGGUGUGGGCAAGUCAGCUCUCACCUUGCAGUUCAUGUAUGAUGAGUUUGUGGAGGACUAUGAGCCCACAAAGGCAGACAGCUACAGGAAGAAGGUGGUCCUGGAUGGAGAGGAGGUUCAGAUCGACAUUCUGGAUACAGCAGGUCAGGAGGACUACGCAGCCAUUCGGGACAACUACUUCCGCAGUGGAGAGGGGUUCCUCUGUGUCUUCUCCAUCACAGAGCUGGAGUCAUUUGCUGCGACUGCUGAUUUCAGAGAGCAGAUCCUGCGGGUGAAGGAGGAUGAGAACGUACCCUUUCUUCUGGUGGGGAACAAAUCAGACCUGGAGGACAGGAGGCAGGUGAGCGCGGAUGAGGCCAAGGCCCGAGCCGAGCAGUGGGGUGUGUGCUAUGUGGAAACAUCCGCCAAGACCCGCGCCAACGUAGACAAGGUCUUCUUUGACCUUAUGAGGGAAAUUCGUGCCAGGAAAAUGGAGGACAGCAAGGAAAAGAACGGGAAAAAGAAGAGGAAAAGUUUGGCCAAGAGAAUUCGAGAGAGAUGUUGCAUUUUAUAGUAAAUGGCGCGUUAGCAAUCAUUACCAUGCUCUUCCCCUAUGUUUUAAAUAUGUUUGUAUCUAUAUGUUCCAUAUUUCACCCCAUUGCCAACUAAUCCUGGUCUGUGGGGUUUGCAGCAUUGUCGUGGGGUUUGUGCGUCAGAACUGGAGUUGGUUUGAUAGAGAUGUAUCUCGGUGAAGCUCCCAGGGAACUCUUUCCCACUUUUUAAAAUGUGUUCUUUAUCCAAUUGCGUAUCGGGAGUCCACAAAAACAUGUGGAAUGUCUGGUGGCAGUUGGCGACCUGUCAAGUUCGGAACCGUUUUCUCUAUCUAACCAAUGAUUUUCACAGUGACGGCACAAGCUCCAGGAUCCUGUUGCUCUUUUGAAUCACAAACUGGAGCCCUGCAGUUUGUCAAACAAAUGUGGACCACUCUUAACCAUGACCCUUGUCUUGUAUUCAGGUCUCCUUGGUCCACUGUCCGGCUGGGCUGUAUGCAGAUAGCCUGCCAGACUGGCCUCGAACUGCCUUAGUUAGAAUGAAAUAAGGUGACAUUGACUUACUAAUGGACUUCUUGUGGUUAACACACAAGGUCAGAGACACUGAAUACAGAUCAUCUGGGGACUGCCGAGUGUCCUUGUUUCAAAAAUUCAGUUGCGUAAAUAUGUUGUUAGAGUUAAGAUGGUGUGCACUUAUCGGUUGUCAGUUGUGAUUCAGUAAUGAGUAAUUGUUGCCAUGCAAAUGAAAAGCAGUGACAGCUUUGACCUUCAGUUAAUCACUGUUAACCCUGACGUUUAAUAACUAUCAAACACUAAAGUAUUUCAUUGUUGCCUGUGUGUUUAUUUAACAGUUUUCCCCCGUAAUUAACUUUGACUAACCAUUUUUUUCUGCCAGCGUGUUAAGAAAUGUGAAUUGAAAACAGGAAGUUAUGUUGGUUGAAAGCAUUUUGGGUCCAUUUGACUUCCUGAUGCCUUCAUGUCCAUUGUGAAUGUGAAGUGGACUAACCUGACAGUCCGAGCUCUGUGUUGACCCUCUGACGAUUUGUCAAAUUAGAACGGCAGAUUGCCCUGUGCGGCAUUGUUUUAAAUUGUUAGCACUGUCUCUACAGGGCCUUAUUAUAGUUUGAAAAAUGACCGUUUUGCAGUUUCUUCUCUGCCUUCAUAUCAGAGAUACGAAAGAAGUCACAACAACUUUAUUUGUAUUUCCCUGUAAAAUACCACUGCAAUGUUUUUUUUUUGUUUUGUGUGUGGUAUGUAAAUGUGAAGUUGUGACUUCUUGUAUGCUGUUUUCUGUAUCUGUAUUUUCUAGACAAAUACACAUCUAAACUCAAACCUUGUGAUUAGGAUAAGACUGUCAGUGACAUGGCCAGUUGUUUACUUUUGUUUUUUUUGUUUUUUUUUAGAUUAUUUUGUCUA